AUGGAGAAAGCAUUCUAUGGAUGCAAAACUCUUAAAUCAAUCACAUUUAAUUUUAAUCAACAAAAAUCAUUAGAUAUUAGCAUCUUUGAAAAUUGCAUCUCAUUGACAACUGUUACUUUAUGUCCAUCAUUUAGUGAACUUGGCGAUAGUUCAUUCCGAGGUUGUACUUCAUUAGAAACAAUUACAAUUCCAGAAGGUACACAACGAUUAGGCAGAUAUUGUUUUGCAGAAUGCACUAAAUUGAAGGAUAUAAAAUUCCCAUCGAAUCGUCUCUAUAUAAAAGACUAUUGCUUUUCUAAAUGUACAAGCUUAACAAACCUUGAUCUUUCAAACGAAAUGGAUUUUGGAGAAUUCGUUUUCGAAUCAUCAUCUUUGGUAUCAGUUAAAAUGAAUCCUACAAAUUUGGGAUACGGCAUAUUUAAUAACUGCUAUAAGUUGGAAAAAGUAGAAUUAAUUAACAGUGAUAAUUGGUAUACUAUUGGAGAAUAUUGUUUUAACUCUACUAGUAUAACUCAAAUCCGUUUACCGCCAAAUGUUUACCAUCUUUAUAAAUAUUGUUUCGCAUUUACAAAAAUUAAGAAAUUCUUUAUACCUAAAGCUCUAACUGAAAUACAUCCUCAGGCAUUUUAUGGUAUUGAUGAUAUUGAAUUAGAAUUAGAUUGUGAUCAUCCUAAAUUUAUUUUAGGAGCUCAUGAACUUAUCGAUAAAGAUACAAGAACUUUGGUAUUGACAUAUGGAAAAUUAUUAUCAACAUAUAUUGUUCCUUCAAGGAUAUUAAGUAUUGGUGCCAAUGCAAUUAAUUCAUAUCCUAAAUAUAAUGAAACAACAGGGAAAGUUAUAGAUUUUGGAGUUACAACUUUAGUAAUUAGAACAAAUGUUUAUUUUGAAGCUUCAUAUAAUUCAGACUACUCUGUAAACACAAACUUGCCAAUAUUUAAUGCACCAUAUUUACACAAUCUUUGUUAUGGUGGAACUGUUAGAGCAGAUGGUACGAAUAUUCCUCGAGUUUUUGUUUCUGAAAAUUAUGCUAGAUCGAUUUGGAAUCAAAAUCCAAGGAAAGAAGUUAUAGUUGGUGAAUGUGAUUCAUCUGUUCCAUUUGAGAAUUAUGCAAAAUUUGAUUAUACAUAUCCAAAGAAUCCAAAGUAUAAGCAACUUCCAAAACAAAUACUUCCACAAGAAACUAAAGAUUGUGCAUUAAUUGAUGAUCCUUAUGAAAUUCCAGAAGUUGAACCAGAAAUAAGUCCAGAAGAAAAUCCAUCAGAUCAAACAAAUACAAUGUCAUCAGAGACAAAUAAUUCAGAUCAAAAUUCUGAACUAAUUAAUAUUGACGAAAUAAAGCCAGAAGGUAACAAAUCAUUAUUAACAUACGUUUUGCUUGCAGUUGCAGCGGCAGAAAUUUUGUUGAUUGCGGGAAUGAUAGCGUUCUUAAUUCUUAAGAAUAAAGAAGAUAGUUCAGAUGAGAGUGUUGUUGAAAUGUCAGAGGAGGCGAUAACAAACGUAGUAACAGAUGUUUCUACAGAGAUAACAUUUUCAAAUCCGCUGUUUUCAAUGAAUACAUCUAUUGAAGAAGACCCAUUUGCGAAUGACUUUGAAGAGGGACACAAGAAUGAUGAAGGAUAUUUCAACAAAUGUUUAAUUGAUGCAGAAUAA